AUGCGAGUGGCGAAACUGCUGGAGGCGUCGCCCCUGGUGGAGCAGGUCUUCUACCCCGGCCUGCCCUCCCACCCGGACCAUGAGCUCGCCAAGCGCGUCUUCAGCUCGGGCGCGGAGUUUGCCGCUGCUCCGCCCAAUGGAGCUGAACUCGGGUAG